GCGGGGCUCUCCGCGCAUGCGCGCCGGGCGGUGGAGCCGCACGCGGCUCGAGCCCUGCGGUUUAUCCGCUGGAUGCGCAGCGUUAGCUGCACACACACAUACACACACACAGCGAGCGGAGGAGUGCCGUAAACACUCCUCGUUCCGCCGCGUUUCCGUGCGCUCGGCGCGGGCUCUACUAGCUGAAGAUGGGUUAGAGAGGCGCAGGAGGAGGACGAGCAUGCCGGGAUUUACAGUGUUCAGCCCCGUCGCGAGGACGGGGAAUCGGACUCGCUGCUUUUGACAGCGGCUGAGGGAUAAAAUAGAGAGGGGGAACUGCGCGAUCGGCCCUUUCUUUCUUUGUGUUUUGUAAAUUUGUUUGUUUGCUUUUGUUUGUUUGCGGUUUUGAGAGAUGAUCGCAGAGCUGGUGUCCGGCGCCGUGGCUCUGCUCCUCCAUCUCAACACGCUGGGCGCCGAUUUCUGCUACGAUGACAGCCGUGCAAUCAAAACCAACCAGGAUCUUCUCCCCGAAACUCCUUGGGCCAACAUCUUCUACGAUGACUUCUGGGGAACCCUCCUCACUCACAGCGGCAGCCACAAGUCUUACCGGCCACUCUGCACCCUCUCCUUCCGCUUGAACCAUGCUCUGGGUGGGCUGGACCCUUGGGGCUACCACCUGGUCAACGUGGUACUCCACUGUGCCGUCACCAGCCUGUUCGCCUACCUUUCCCGUCUUUUGCUGGGAGGAGGCUGCUGGAGCUUGCUGGCUGGUCUUCUCUUCGCCUCGCACCCGGUGCACACGGAAGCAGUAGCUGGAGUGGUGGGGCGGGCUGACGUGGGGGCUGCGCUCUUCUUCCUGCUGUCCCUACUGUGCUACACCCGCCACUGCACCUUGAGGCCUCACUCAGCCCGUCGCUGGCCCUGGUUUCUGGGCAGCCUGGCUUGUGCCGCCAGCAGCAUGCUGUGGAAGGAGCAGGGCGUCACCGUGCUCGCUGUGUCUGCCGUGUACGACGUGUUCAUCUUCCACCGCCUCAGGUUCCAGCAGAUUGUCAGCCUCUUGUACAAGAGAAAGAAUCUCCACCUACUGUUGAGUGUGAGCUUGCUGGCCAUCGGAGGUGCUGUUCUGCUGGCUGCUCGCCUCUACUGGAUGGGCAACAAGCCACCCAACUUCUCGAACUCGGACAACCCAGCCGCUGACUCGUCAAGCCUCCUGACCAGAACACUGACCUUCUUGUACCUACCUGUGGUCAAUGUAUGGCUACUGCUGUGCCCGGACACGCUGAGUUUUGACUGGUCAAUGGACGCUGUGCCGCUGCUUAGGAGCAUCGCCGAUUGGAGGAACCUGCACACGCUAGCGUUCUAUGCGGGGUUACUGCUUCUAGCCUGGAUUGGACUCCGCAGCCCUGCCAAGGUCAAGGAGACCAAUGGGAAAGCACAUGUAGUGGAUGGGAGGUCCAGCAUGAAUGGGCACAGCUGUCACACCAACCCUGGGUACACAGACUUGGAGCUUGAGUCUCCAAGAACUUCAGAGAAUGGUGCAAAGAACCAACACAUCCCAAGGACUCAACUUCCAGCUACGGAGAAUGUUGUGAUAUUUGCCCUGGGGCUCAUGUCCAUUCCCUUCCUUCCCGCCACCAACCUGUUCUUCUACGUGGGCUUUGUGGUAGCGGAGCGUGUGCUUUACAUCCCCAGUAUGGGCUUCUGUCUGCUAGUGCCGGCGGCAAUGAGGGCCCUUCACCUCCGGCUGUGCAGGAGGCCAUCCAGGACUCUAGUGCUCUACUGCGCCUUCAGUUUAGUCAUCUUGUAUGGGUUCAAGACCGUCCUAAGGAACCGGGACUGGCAGAACGAGGAGAUGCUCUAUAAAUCAGGGAUAAGGGUGAACCCUGCAAAAGCAUGGGGCAACCUUGGGAACGUCCUGAAGAACCAGGGAAAGAUGGCGGAGGCUGAGCGCGCCUACCGAAACGCCUUGUACUACCGGCGGAACAUGGCUGAUAUGCUGUACAACCUGGGUUUGCUGCUCCAGGAGAACAACAGGCUGUCUGAGGCUCUACAUUACUACAAGCUGGCGAUUGGGAGCCGGCCAACUCUGGCCUCUGCAUACUUGAACACGGGGAUCAUUCUCAUGAACCAGGGUCACCUGGAUGAGGCCAAGCGGGCAUUCCUCACUUGCGCCGACAUCCCGGAUGAGAACCUGAAGGACCCCCACGCCCACCGCAGCUCAGUGACCAGCUGCCUGUACAACCUGGGCAAGCUGCUCCACGAACAGGGCCGCCAGGAGGAAGCCCUGCUGAUGUAUAAAGAAGCAAUACAGAAAAUGCCAAAACAAUUUGCACCUCAAAGUCUGUACAAUAUGAUGGGGGAAGCCUACGUAAGGUUGAACAAGCUGCCUGAGGCAGAGCACUGGUAUCGAGAAUCCCUGAGGGCCAAGCCUGACCACAUCCCCGCCCACCUGACCUAUGGCAAGCUCCUCACCCUCAUGGGGCAGAAGUCUGAAGCAGAGCGGUACUUUCUGAAAGCAAUUCAGCUGGACCCCACAAAAGGAAACUGCUAUAUGCAUUAUGGCCAGUUCCUCCUGGAAGAAGGUCGCUUCACGGAGGCUGCUGAGAUGGCAGAGACCGCUGCCCAGCUUGAGAGCGGGGACUUCGAUGUGGUCUUCAAUGCGGCUCACAUGCUCAGGCAGGCGAGUCUCCACCAUGCUGCCGAGAAAUACUACAGCCUUGCAGCAAACCUGAGACCUGACUAUCCAGCUGCCUUAAUGAACUUGGGUGCCAUCCUGCACCUCAACGGCAAACUGCAGGAGGCCGAGGCCAAUUACCUGCGAGCGCUGCAGCUGAAGCCGGAUGACACCAUCACCCAGUCGAACCUGCGCAAGCUGUGGAACAUCAUGGAGAAGCAGGGCCUGAGGACUAGGCGCCCGUCGCCGUGACAGCGGCUCCCAUGGGACCUCUGCCAGCGGGAAGCCGACGCGCAAAGCCAAUAAACGGUUUCGUCCUCGUUACCGAGGAAACGAGGGAUCCGAGCCGCCUAUUGCGGGACGCCGUUCCCUCGGAGGCGAAGUGCAUUGUGGGAAGCGACCAGCUGUUUGGGGCCUACGCUGACAUGCUGACAACUAGUCCAAAAGCUACAAGAGCCAUGUAACCAGAGCACUUUGUGCGGAACAUGCCCUGUUAUUUUUAAAGUGCUAAUCAAUGAGUCUGUGUUCGCUUUUCGUGAAUUGUG